AUGGAAGAACAACAAAACAUCCGCAGGGUGGCGUUUGCGCCGGGCACAGCUGAUGGAGUGGCUGAAUACGAUGCGGCCAAGGAGGAAGAGACGCCGCUCCGAAUCCCAGCGCCUCCGACGAUGCCUCGUCCCAGUCGAACAGUGUCUCAUGUACAUGAGCCGCCGUAUAUGAAGCUGGCCAAUCCGGGUCCGCUGGGACUGCUUGGUUUUGCCAUCACAACCUUCGUUCUUGGGCUAUACGAAUGCGGCGCUGGGUAUGACUUCUCUCGCAAUCGGAUUUGCGACGCUGACAUUUUCGCCGUUAUCAGACUGCCUCACUCGGACCCUGCAGGCGAUGUCGGUCCAAAUCAAGCCGUCUUCGGACUGGCCAUCUUCAUGGGCGGAGCCGCGCAGUUCGUUGCGGGCAUCAUGCAAUUCCGAGUGGGUAAUACCUUUGGAAGUACGGUGCACUGCUCGUAUGGGGCCUUCUGGCUGAGCUACGCCAUGUUUCUGAUCCCAUCGCUGGAUAUCCGGGGGCAGUACAAAGGCGACGAACGGGCAUACACGUUUGCAAUUGCGAUAUACCUCACCCUGUGGUGUUUCCUGACCUUCCUCUUCCUGAUUGCAGCUCUUAGGACGAACGUUGCUAUUCUCCUGCUGUUUUUCUUUCUCACAAUGGCGUUCUUAUUCCUGGCGCUCGCGAACUACCUCAUGACGGAGCACCCAACUGCGGCGGUCCGUCUCAACAAAACAGGGGGAGCGUUCGCUGUUAUUUGUGCCGCAGUUGCGUUCUAUGGAGGGGCAUCGGGCCUUAUGCUGCCUGAGACUACUUUUGUGAGGUUUCCCUUGGGGGAGUUCCCACAUCCUGCAGUGUAA